UAACUAUGAUUUUUCGCUAAAAUACUGAAUAGGUACGUAGAUAUACCUAAUACGUUCGGUUGAAACGGAAUGAAAGGUGUUGUGAUAACAAUUCAUUUAGAUGAAGAUUGUGAGCCAUGUCAACCGAAACUUCAAGGGAUAUAUCGCUAAUAAAAGAUGAGGAGAUUCUUCGAAAAAUGUGGCAAGACACCGAAGACUUCGGGCAAAAGAAAGAAAUAAGAUCGCACAUGUACAAGCUGAGGGAGCAGCGACUGAGAGAAUUCUACAACAGCGGUGACGUCACUGCUGAGAUCCAUUCGAUAACAACGACUCAGGGCAAAAAUCACGACAAGCCCACUCACGCAGACUCCCUGAUCGAUCACAGUUUCAUGAGUCUGAAGGACAAGGAGAUCAGAGAUUCUGAGUCGCCGACAAGGGACAUCAGUUAUAAAGUGACAGACGACCAUGAUGACCAUGGUUGGCACAUCACUUCCGCAAAAGAAAUAUCAGACGGUGGAAACACCAUCACAACAACCAAACUCGCCACUGCCGCUGGUACCACUAGUACGGACAAAGGCAACAUUGCCUUCUCAGCUAAAAACCAACAAACAUCGAAAGUCUCUCAAAGUGGGGAUGAUAAGAAUUUCACGAAAUCAUUUGGCUCCCAAUCUAACUCUGUGUUGAAACAGGAGGCAGUCAGUGGUGAUAAGAAUAAUUUCCACUCGAGCUCCACUACUUCAAAGAACGCUUCAUCCUCUAUGGUUGUCAGUAAAUCCAGUAAAGUUGAUUAUCAGGAUUUCAUACCUGAUGAUAACGAGACAUUCACCUAUGUCAACAAAAGUGUUGAGACUAGUGAUGCCUUGACUCAUGACCCUCAGUAUAUCGAUGGAAAUACAAAAAUCACACGUGAGACUAAGACAUUACCAGAUGGUACGAUAGUUACAACUACAAGAUAUGACACCAAAGGACCAACUUAUUCUUCAAGAAAUGAAAGAAUCAUUUCCAACCAGAAUACUCAUAAAACCGAAUCAGUUGAGUCUAAGAGAACUGAAGUUGAGGAAACUACAGCUGAUUCAAGAAUCGAAGACAAGACAAAUAAACACGAAUAUAUCAAAAGCAGCACUACCAAAGAAAGAUUCAAGUCAUCUCCCAAACACACUGAAAGCAAGAAUGUCCGGGCUGAACAACAUCAUGUUUGUGAACAAUGGAAUACUGAUGAUUCAAGAAGAGAUCAAGAAUUUCAGGAAGUGACUUCAGAGUUCAAAGAAAGUAAUGACUCGAACUCAAAGAGGAGAGUAGUGAAGAAGGAUUUGUCAAGAGAUAUGGAGAAGGAGCAGAUGGUUACUAACAGCAACAAUAAUUCACAAUUCCAGCGCCAGCAGAAUGAGAACAUCGAAAUCAAACUAGUAUCCAACGUCACUAAAAUCAAUAAAGAUGAAGUCGAUGCGAAGACAAUUCAUACUACUACAACUAACGUAGAAGUGGAACCGACUAGCCAAAUACCAAACAGUGUUAAAGAAAAACCAGCUCGUAGUAAACCGACCGAUAAUCAGUACGAAACAACCUACAAACAUGAUUAUUCAAACAGAAAAAUCAGUGUUGAAGUCAGCCCUACACACGAAGCAUUUGCUCGGUCCCUUAGAGCUGUGUCUCCUGAGACCGUCAGAACUAGUACUUCAUCCCUUAUAAGUAACUCCAGUACGCAAAAGAAGAGACACUCCACUAGAUCUUCUUCCGAAAAACAAGUACUGUCAAGAGGGUACAGUCCCGAUAAGACAGAUCGUUUUCGUAGCAACGAGACUCUGUCAUCCAACAGAACUAGUCCUGACAGAAAGAGUCAUAGGCGAUCUCCUUCUCCAAAGAGAGGCCAUGAUGAUUUGAAAAUUGAAGAAUAUGGGACGAAACAUGAAGAACAUUACAGUAGGACAACAAGGAUUUCUGGUACCACUCGCAACAACACCCCGAGAUCACCUUCUCCCAAACCAAAACGCACACAAUACGUCAGAAAUAUCAACGAUAUAGUGACCGAUUUGGAUGAAGAUGUGACCAUAUGUACUAUAUCGAAGAACACCAAGAAUGUUGGCUCUGAUAUAAGGCCAACAAGCUUGAAGCUAACACACACAACAAGAAAAGUUAGUGAGCAGUCGCCUACAAAAUCACCUAGUAAGGAACAACCAAAGAGACACAGUUUGGUAUCGCCUACAAAGGAAUUUAAUAACAAAGUAACUGAACGUUCUCAAACGUCUCCGACAAAAUCUCCUACUAAGGGAUCACCUACUAAAGAUUCAGCUAAGAUAUGUUCUCCUGAGAAUCGUACGUUGAAGAGGACGGAUACGUAUGAGGAAAGAUGUCGACAGAUACUUGGUUUGACUGAAAACACUGAAAGAAGAAGCAGCUUAGAAAGAUCUCUGUUGAAGAGAGGUUCUCUCAGUAGAAGAGGAUCAGAUACUGCUUCCUUUGUUAGUGAGAAUGCUAAGCGAGAUGUCGAAAGAAAGGAUUCAGUUGAAACGAUAAGAAGAGAUACAGAAUCAAGUACACUGAAAAGAUCGCCUGAAAGGAAGCCAUGUCAAGAAACGCACACUUCGAAGAUGUCAAAUAUUGAAAGCAAAGAUUCCGUGGAGACCAUAACGAGAGAUACAGAAUCUAGCACACUAAAGAGAUCACCUGAGAGAAAGCCAUAUCAAGAAACUCGAACUUCGAAGAUGUCAAAUAUUGAAAGAGAAGAUUCCGUUGAGUCCAUAAGAAGAUAUACAGAAUCCACUACACUGAAAAGAUCGCCUGAGAGGCAAUCAUAUCAAGAAUCUCAAACUUCGAAGAAGUCAAGUGUUGAAAGAAAAGAUUCAGUGGAGACCAUAAGGAAAGAUACAGAAUCUAGUACACUAAAGAAAUCACCUGAGAGAAAGCCUUAUCAGUCUCACAUAGAACCUCUGAGUUCGAUGAAGUCAGAUGUUGAAAGAAAAGAUUCAGAGGAUACCAUGAAGAGAGGUACAGAAUCUAGUACACACACAAGAUCGCCCGAAAGGAAACCCCAUCAGUCUCAAGUAGAUCUUCAAACUUCGAAGAAGUUAGAUGUUGACAGAUCUGAGACAGUGGAGACUAUAAGAAGAGAUACAGAAACUAGUACUCGAAAGAUAUCACCCGAAAGAAAGCCUUAUCAGUCUCACACCAAACCCCAGACUCCGAAGAAGUUGGAUGAUAAAAGGAAAGAUUCAGUGGGAACCAUUAAAGAAGAUACAGAAUCAAGAAUACUUACAAGAUCACCCGAAAGAAAACCCCAUCAUUCUCAAGCAGAACUUCAGAAGGAAAGGAAAGAUUUUGUGGGAACCAUAAGAAGAGAUACAGAAUCAAGUACAAUUACAAGAUCACCUGAGAGAAAACCUCAUCAGUCUCAUGUAAAACUUCAAACUUUGACUAUGUUAGAUGUUGAAAGAAAAGAAGCCGUGGAAACCAUAAGAACAGAUAGUACAUUGAAAACAUCUCCUAAAAAUCAGUCCCCAGUCCAAACUCUGACGAAUUCCAAUGUAGAAACAGAAGAAUCAGUGGAAGCAAUAGGAAAACAUAGAGAAUCUAGUAUACGAAAAAUAUCUCCUGAAGGGAAACCCUAUCAGUCUCAACCAGAAAUUCAAACUUCAGAGUUUGGAAGAAAAGACUUAGUGGAAACCAUGAGUAGAGAUACACAAGAAAUUGUGGAUAAAAACACUGAGCUCACUGAAGAAGAAUUAGAAAUCACUAGAAUUCAGCAGGCAACACGUAAACCUGAAAGAGUUUCUGUUGACAAGAUUGACAAAAAAACAAAUCAAGUUCAUUCAAAUGGAGUAACAGAGACAUCGCAGAACAACACUUCAGAGAAGACUACAGAACUUUCCCAUGUAGUGAAAACUUUGCAUUCAGAAAUUGAAUCUGAAAACACUACAAAUGUAACACCCAGAUUGUUGCCUAAAGCUGAAAAUGAGAGCACCCACAAGCCACGUCAGUACAACAAAUCAACAGUUAAAAAAAUCGAUAUAAAUACCAAUGUGGCUACCAGCAAACCGCCAGAAAAUUAUGUUACCAAAGCUACGACUCAUGUUGGAAAAUUAUCCCUAGAAAAUCUCAACGCACCUCAAAUGAAUAGGAUUCCAUUGAAGGAACCUAGCGAUACAGAAGCUAUCUCUCAAAUAAUCGAGAAAUAUUCUAUCGUGUCGUCAGAAGAGGACAAAACACAAAAUAAGGUGCUAUUGAAGGAGAAGAAGAGUGUUCAGCCGAAAGGCACCGAUAUGGAGAAAACACCUAAGACAAAAGAGGUUUCAUCUCCAGUAAAAAAAUCCGGGAAUAAGAUAGAUGCAUCACAACAAGUUAGGAAAAUACCAGUAAAAGAAACACACACGAAGAAAUAUGGAGCACAAACAACGAAGAAUAAGGAAACCGAUGUUAAACUUACCAAAGCAAAUGUGAAUCCUUUAGAAAAUAGAGUUCCUGUAGAGGAGCCUUUAGUAGUGAAAAAGUAUUUGAGUCAACUCUGUCGUGAAGAUGAAAUUAUUAAUCCUAAUGUUGUAAAAGAGAAAACCAAGAUUUUCUUGGAGCAAAAUAUUGGCACCAAUGAAACUGUUAUAACAGUUGAAAAUACGACGGAUGUCAGGAAAUACCAGACGAAAGAUUUCAUUGAUAUGGAAAGUGGGAAAAAUAAGCCCAAUAGAAUUCCAUCUAAAAAAAAUAUCGUUAGAAAAUCGACAGACGAAAAUAUAAAGAAUUCAACAACAAAAAUUAGAGAUAAAAAGGUUGAUGAACAGCUGCACAAAAACAACAAAACUGAGAUCAAUAUUUCAGUUAACAAUACCAGAGGAUACCCAAAACAAAAACCAAAACAACCACUAAAAUCUACUGAGAAUUCUGUAACUUACCUGACUUCGCACAAUAUCAAAAUAACCAAUGGCUUGGGAACAACUUCAUUAAAAUCUCCUAAGACAAUUGAUAGAAAUACAAUAAUUGGUUCUCUCAAGAAGGAAUCUCCGAAGAAGCCUCUUAUUUCGACUUCAGUUAUACAAACAAAGCAACCAAAACAGGAUAUGAAAUUCAGAAGCAUAGUUCAAAGAGUGGCCAUCACACCAAAUCCGACAAAAUCCCAACAAGUGGUAGACAAAACCGAAAACAAAAUCAAUUCAGCUAAGAAUAUAAAAAAUAUCACGAAAAUAAACACGGAGUCACCCAAACCUAAAAAAGCUAUUUCCACAAUUCCAGUAAGCUCCCAGAAAAAACCUUCUAGUCAAAGGCGAGUGGAUCCAAAGUCCAUUCCUAGCAUGAAGGUUCAUAAAACAACUAUUUCAAAACCCAAACAAACUGAGGAGCAAAGCAUAGUUGAUACUGAAGAUGAUACAUCGACAAUUGGAGAUUCCGAAGUGACAAUAGAGAGUGAUCACAUGAAAACAAAUGAUCAUAUAGAGGUUGUAGAUGGAACCAAGACAUACAAGCCUAAGAAAUACGGUAAGAGACACGAAAAAACAUGCAUCACAACCAAAACCAUGAUAAUCAGUGACACUUUAUCCAAUGUUCCACAUGAAAUCGUAGAUUUUCAUAGAUCGAAAUCUUCCCGAGAACCAACACCUGAUCGGUUAUGUCCUGUGCCAUUAUCUUCAGACGAAGAACAAACCCAGAAACCCAGAUAUCCAGACCAAGUAGUUGAACCUGAUGAGAUAAUAUUCGUUAAAACCAAAGAAAAACUAUCACAUCUACCAAUAAUGGAAUCGGAGAGCCUAGAUGAGUUUACUAGAAUCACAGAAAUCAACGAGAAAAACAAAAUCACCGAUAUCGACAGAGUGGAAGAAACUGAUGACAGUUUAUUGACCAUCGAUGAGAAAAUCAAUAUGUUCACUAAACCGACCGAUAAGGGUCCUAGAAAACCUACCGGACCAGCUUCGAGAGUCCAAAGACCGGAGCUAGAAAUCUCUGAAGAUUUACGAUCAGAUGAAUGCCUUCUGAGUGUGACAGAUAAAGUGAACAAAUUCAUUACGACUGCCGAAAAACUCACUCAGCAAUCAACCGUACCAGAAGGGACUAACCGCAAAAUUUCUCCUGAAUACGUCAAGCCAGCUCCUAAAGAGGAAGAACGUCCAACAGGCACCACGAAAUAUAUUUCUGAAGUAACCAACAGCGAGAGAACAGAUAAAUCAAUCAAUUUAGCUGGAAUGGGCCCUAGGCCCAAAGCAGAGCCUUGUAGACCUAGUGCAGUUACAGAGAUACAAGGAAAGCACCACGGAGAAGAGGUUGAAACUGUUUUUACUUCGAACUCCGAUAAAACGAUUAGUCCAAAAGUAAUUAAGUCGCCAGGAAGAAAAUCAUCAGUUGGAGUCGACUUACAUGAUAUUGUCAAAAUAGAAACCAAGCACUCCUCAAGUACAAGUUUCGAGCACAUAGAAUCUCCUGAAAAAUCACCGGCAAAUCUUCCUGAAACUGAGAAGACACCACCUAGACGUCCAUCUAAUGAAUACAGCAGUAUCAAAACCAAGAGUCAAGACACCAAGUAUCCUCGAAGAGAGAAUUCCCCAGUUUUAACUGAUACCACACCAAAAACUACUAGGAGAUCUUCCCAGGAAGAGCAGAAGGUAGUCUUGAGCCCAGCAGGAAGGUUGAGAAGUACUGAAAGCAUCAAAAGAGCCAGAGCUCUGUUCGAAAACGUAUCAAAGGAAGCCACUACAACGAAACAACGUGAUAUUUUGAGUCGGCCCUAUGUGAAUCAUAAAGUACCAGCAGGAGAAACUCCUGGAAUCAAUAUAUCAAGAAAAGUACUGGACUUUUCAGAGGACAAAGUUACUGAGACAACUUCUAAUGUUCCUCAUUAUAUGCUUCCUCUUGAAAAAAGAUAUCGACCUGAAAGUCCGCAAAAAUCAACAUCUGCUUUGUCUGACGACCAUGUUCAGACAGUAACACCAAGAUCAUUCUCACCAGACCACAAAAACACUCCGCAUUAUAUGCUACCUCUUGAGAGAAAACAUGUAGACAAGUACGAAGAAUCAGAAUCUGUAGAUGUGGAGAAGUUCACUACCGAGAAGAAUACAGAUAUGAUAAGGAGACCUUCUUCAGACCACAAAGAUAUUCCUCAUUACAUGCUUCCUCUAGAGAAAACUCAUCAAUUCGAUAUUGAUCAUUCAAAACAUGUUGACAGAAUCAGACAACGUUCACCAGAUCAAGAGAAAACUCCACAUUAUAUGCUUCCUAUUGAUAAAACAUAUGAAUCUGAUUUAGUGAACGUUCAGAAGGUCACAAAAGAAAGUGAAUCAGGAAAACCAAGGCAAAAUUCUCCAGACCAUAAAGAAAUCCCUCAUUAUAUGCUUCCUCUGGAAACAUCACAUAUAGAUAGACAUUUCCAUUCUGAAUCAAUACAUAUCCAGAAGGACACUGAAGAAAAAGAUUUGGAAAGAACAGUACACCGUACUUCUCACAAUGGCGACACUCCCCACUAUAUGCUUCCUCUUGAAAAAACACACCAAGAGAGACCUCAACAUGAAUCGAUACAUGUUGAGAAAGUAACGGGAGAAAUUAGACAACAUUCUCCAGAUCAUCAAAAAAUUCCUCAUUACAUGCAACCUCUUGAAAGAACUCAUGAGGAUAGGCCUGAAUCAGUACAUCUUGAGAAGAUUCAGACAGGAACCGAUAGAGAAAGAAUAAGACGACCAUCUCCAGACCAUGAAGGAACCCCUCAUUAUAUGCUUCCUCUCGAAACAUCACAUAAAGAUAGACACAUCCAUUCUGAAUCAGUACAUGUCCAGAAAGACUCCAAAGAAACAGUACAACAUUCUUCACAGCAUGAGGAUACACCACACUAUAUGCUUCCUCUUGAAAAAAUACACCAAAAUAGACCUCCCCAUCAUGAAUCGAUUCAUGUUGAGAAAGUUACAAGAGAAACUAGACAACAUUCUCCAGACCAUCAGAAAAUUCCUCAUUACAUGCAACCUCUUGAGAAAACACAUGAAGAUGAGCCUGAAUCAGUACGUCGUGAGAAGAUUCGUAAAGAAACUGACAGAGAAAGCAUAAGGCGAUCUUCACCAGAUCAUGGAGAAAUCCCUCAUUAUAUGCUUCCUCUAGAAUCAUCACAUACACACUCGGAUUCAAUGCAGGUCCAGAAGGACACUGAAGAAACUCAUUCAGAGAGAACAAUACAACGUUCUAUUCACCAAGGCGAUACUCCCCACUAUAUGCUUCCUCUUGAAAAAGCACACCAAGAGAAGCCUGCACAUCAUGAAUCAAUGCAUGUCGAGAAAAUCACAAGAGAAACCAGACAUCAUUCUCCAGAACAUCGAAAAAUGCCUCAUUACAUGCAACCUCUGGAAACACCACAUAAAGAAGACUUAGACCGAUCCAAACAUGAAUCCGUACGUCCAUAUAAUGAUUCGGAUUUGGGUAGACCAAGACAACGUUGUCCAGAUUCCGAAGAAACACCUCACUAUAUGUUACCUCUAGAAACCAGAUCAAGGCCCCAAAGUCCACACAAAGAAAACACACAGCAAUCCAGGUAUACGAGUGAGUCUAUACAAGUGGAGAAAAUUCAUGUAGGAAGAGAUCAAAAGGAUUUGCCUCAUUAUAUGCUGCCUCUGGAAUCCAGAUCUAGACCUCAGAGCCCAGAUAAAGUUAGCAUUGGGAAGGUUACCACUGAAGAGAAGAGAGGACAUUCGCCUGAACACAAAGGGGUUCCCCAUUACAUGGCACCCCUAGAGAGACCUCAGAGCCCUCAGAAAGACAGGGAUACCCCACAUCAUACGAGGCCCCUCGAAAAGAGGACACCACUCGUGAAUGAAGAUGCGAAGACUUCGAGAUUUGGAGUAACACUGAAAAGGGUGGAUAGUGGCAAAAGAGUUCCUGGUACGGCUAGUACAACUACUACGGCUACCAAGAGCAUCAUCAACUUGAGCGAUGAAGAAAUCGAAAGGAUUUCUGAUCUGGUUGUUUUGGAAGAGUUGCUUCAAAAAGUCAGUUGUUAUGAAACAAGGAGAAAAAUAAGGAACCAGAUACGAAUAGUGAAGAAAAGAGUCUCUGAAAGUACAGAAUUGAACCUUACUAAAAAACUAAAUCGCACCGAUGAGACGAGAAGAGAAAAAACUAUUGAAACAAAAGAAACAACAACCUCCUCGAGCUAUAGGAGUCCUGAUAGGAAACCGAGUACCACAAAAAUCAUCGACAAAGGAACACUGAGACCUGUAGAACAAGAUGUCAGCAACACAAUUAGAACUAAAACGGAUAGACACACUUCGAAUUACACGAACAUAACUUCUAGCGAAACAAGUUGCAAAACGGUUGCGAAAUCAACGCCAAAUAGCAAAUCUACAAAAAUCCACGAGGAUACGACAGACACAAUAACUUCGAGUUAUGGAGUUGGUCCUACUGACGAAAACGGCACUCCUUUAUUCGGACUGAGGGCAUUGAGAACACAAAACAAAACUGAAUCGACAACAACCACAAUAACUUUGAGUAAUGGAUUUGGUGACCCUGACGAAAAUGGACCUCCUUUAUAUGGUUUGAGGGCACUGAGGGCACAAAACAAAACUGAUUCAACAAAAAUUCAGGGAACAGUGAUGAGGAGCGAAUUUUAUUCGGAGAACGGCGACGAACCGGUCGGACAAGUCGCUGUGACAAAAUUCUCAACCGAUCCCGACGACUUGAAUACGAACGACUACCACGUGAACGAUCAGGGGGUGUCUAGCGUGACGAUGGUGCAGCAGUUUGGCAUGAAGGGCGCGCCAAUGAAGAAUGCUAUUUCGGACAAGAGGAGUAAGCAGAACCGCAAGGAACAAACCACAUCGAGCGAUGAAAAAUCGUCCAAGUUAACCCGGAGGAAUUCAGUGAAGGCAAUCUCUCAAAAGUUCAUCGAUAAUGCAGUGGAAACUGCCAAGAACGAAAAACAAACGGUAUAUCCAAAAGCAGGAUUGAUCCUGAGGACUUCCAGCUUCAAAUCUACAGGAAAUGGAUCUAACGAAGAAAUAACUUCAGAUUCAACAGAUGCAGAAAUCACCACCACAUCCACCACAUACACCACCAAAUCCUCAGCUGGUGGAACCUUCCUCACCAAGAAAACGCGCGUUUCCGGGAUCAAAGACGUGAUCGACAGGAUGCAAACCACCGAAACGCAAGAUGGCGACACCGAAGACGAUGCGAACGCCAGGACUUUGCUUAACAAGUUCCUGGGAUCGCAAGUUAUCCUUUCCGGGAUAGAAAGUGGUUCUGAGAGUGUUACUCCUUCGGCUACUACUACGGUCAGGAGGUCCACCAGAGUGACGACUACCGUUGUGGAAAACGGAAUCCCAACUACAAAAACACUUGUAUUCCAACGGCCGGUAACCGAAACUGAAUUGGAAAACAUUUGGGACGAACAGACUCUUCGUCUAUUACUCGAACAAAGUACUGGAUACGAAGAAAGACGCAUCAUAAGGACAAGAUUACGGCAAAUAAUGGCUGAACAGGAAGCUUGCACCGAACUGGUAGAAAAGGCCAGCCAGGACCGACCUUCCGGAACCAUAGACGAAACCGUUGUGACUACCAAAAAAACUGUGUCAGAGGUGCCAAUAACAACCACAACUACACAAGUUACGAAAAAAACGAUUCAUCAGCAGCAAAUGGCUAAGAAGCCGAUGUCACCUUUUGCCAAAUUCCAACAAAUGGACAGGCAAAAUAGCCUCAACACCCCUCCAAGUACUCCCGGCACCCCAAAGACCGGCGGCCUCCUCUUUAAAUUCACUGAUCCGGCCCUGUCCCAAUCCGCGAGCACCAUCAAAGAUCGCCUCUUGUAUUGGUGUCGAGUCAAGACAAAGGAGUACGAGAACGUUCAACUAGAUAACUUCUCCAGCAGCUGGGCAGAUGGUUUGGCAUUUUGUGCCUUGAUUCAUCAUUUCCUACCUGAAGCUUUCGACUAUCAAUCAUUAACGCCAAAGGACAGAAGACACAAUUUCGAACUCGCCUUCAAAGUAGCUAGUGACAAGGCUGAUAUUUUUCCAUUACUUGACGUGGAUGACAUGAUGGCAACACGGAAGCCAGACUGGAAAUGUGUUUUCACCUACGUGCAAUCCAUUUACAGGCGAUUCAAAGACGAGGAAAUUUAAUUACAUAGUGUUAAAAUUUGAAAUGUUCACUUUUUUUAUGUUGAAAAUAGUUUUCUCUGUUUUGGUACGCAUUUCUUGAUUUCAGGAAACGUGAUUCUUGGUUUAGUACUUUUGUUUUUGAGGAUUGCCAUGAAUGAGUUUUUUUUUUAUUGUAAUCACUAGCUAGUCAGAACCUAUGUCAUGUCAGUUCCUUAUAGUUUAUGUUGAAAUUUAUUAUAUUCCGAUAGGACAAAUGUUGCAGAAACUGAUAAUUUUCACUUGUCAAACAAAUUCCAAACUCUACGUCAUGUUAUGUCAAACUUCCGUCAAUUGCCAGAAACAAAUAAUUGCUAAUCGUCUUGCUUUCCUGAAUAGAAAGUGUUCAGCUGUUUUAUUAAGGAAUGAAGCAUUUUUCAAGAAUGAAAGUCUAAACCAAUCUAAACAGAGAAAAUAGUACCUAUAAAACUAUCAUCACAGAACAUGUUACUUUCUGUAGCUUAUAUUUAACUGCAUCAUUAUUGGGAUAGAUGUAGCUGUGAACAUUGAUAUUAUGUCCCAUGUUUUCACAAAUUUUCUUUUCAUUUCAUUGCAAUUCUUUUUGUUUUCAAAUAACAGCUUUUUCAUUGAAAAUCGGUGAAUACAAGAAUGUAUAGUUGAAUAUGUUCAUGAGAAUACAUUUGUACAUUCACAAGGGUUAUUUAUUGUCUUAGAUAGAAAAUAAUGUGAAAACCUGCGAGAUUUAUUAUGAAUUAAGGCUAUUUUGUAUAGGAUUGAUGUGUCUUAGUGAUUACGAAACGCUCUCUGUGAUUAUGUAAAUGUAAAUAGCAUGGCAUUUGGGGAGAGCAUCUCCCACUCUUUUUUUUUUUCAUUUCGGAAUCCAAGGUGAUACUUCAUAAUUUUAAUUCAUCAAUUUGCCCAGCUGUUUGUGUAGUUUUUUUUAUUUUUUUUAUAUUAUUUCAGUUCUUGAAGGAUUUUGUAACUUAUUGUUGCUUAUUUAUUAACUCACUAUUUAAUUAACCCACAAUAUAGAUUGUUUUUUAUAUUUAUAAUCAAAAUACCAUCCUUGGAAUUGACGAAUAUGUAUGUACCUAUACUCUAUAACAAUCAUAAAUAUUCCGAUGAUUCCUAUAUAUAAUUCAGGUGCAAUAAUAAUUCUUUUUGAUCAAAAAAAUUCCAAGGAAAUUGACUAAUAAAAUGUCUGUAAACAUUCUUUUCUUUCUCAUUU